AUGUUAAAACUUGUGGAAGAAACAAACAAAAAUUCGAAAAGUACGGGUUUUACUCAUGAUGAGCGCAUGGAUGAGGAAGACUGCAUACCAGGGACUCCAGAAUGCCAUUCGCCGUUACCUCCAGGAGCACGCAACGUAAUAGAAGAGAUGAACGACAUUUGUGAAGAUGUCUUUUCAGAUGACGUACACGGAACAAGCGAAAUCAUAAAAUCAACAAAUGAAAAUAUGGACCCGAACAUACCAUCAUCUACUUGUGUUCUUGAAGAAGAUCCUUUUAUGGCCGUGUAUGAAAAUGCAUCCUCACCAUAUUUACUCGCGUCAGAAAAUCAGCAUGGUGUCGUGUCCCUCUUAAAUAUCACGUCAGAUCUAACCCCUUUAAAUACUUCUACCCUGAUAUCAGACCUGUCACCUUUCCCGCAACCGAUUACCCCGACUGUUGACAACAAUGGACAAACACCUAUGCCAUCACCAGUAAAAACUCAUGGUGAGCAUUUAGAAUUACAUCGCAAUCAAAUACCCCCGCAACAGCUUCAAGAUAUUUUUAAAAGGUGUCAAGAAUUCUUAAGAUCUUUGCGUGUGCAGUUAAAAACAAGACUACCAUUUGAUGACGAUAUUUUUGAAAUGAUGUGCUUCUUAGAUCCCCAAACUGCUGUACAUGCUGAAUUUACGAGUUUGUUUAAUAUUACCUCAAAAUUUCCAAACAUUGUGUCCGAAAAUGAUAUUCAACUAAUCGACAAUGAAUUCAGGGAACUUAAACUUAACACUGAAGUCGCUAACUUAUUAUGCAGUACUAGUAGCAGAGAGGCUGUUACUCAUUUUGAAGAUUUUUGGGCGUCAGUAAGUAAAUUAUGUCAUGCUGACAAUAAAGCUCAAUUCUGA